AUGCCUUCUUUGAAUUCGCAAUGGCUUCAGUCUCUUCUUGACCCAUUCUUCAUGAUGAAAUCGGCCAUUUACCAUUAUGUUCGUAUCUUGAUUUUGGAAAUCUUUGAAGGAAACGUGCCUCUGUCCGCAGCCCAAUGGCAGAAAAUCCGCGAUUCGGCAUUCUCCUUCUUUUGGCUGCAGUAUUCCGGUGAGAGAGAGAAGGGCAAGAAGAUCGCUCCUUCCAAAAAUACACCCUCGGCCUCCGCCGCUCUGAUACCUCAGCUUCUCUCACAAGCCACGGGAACUGUGUUGGAGAUCGGACCGGGCAGCGGGACUUGCAUGCAAUUCCUUCAGGGCUCACAGAUAACUCAAAUUUACGGAGCUGAGCCAUGUAUCGGUCUUCACCGACAGCUUCGAUCUGAAGCCAGUCGAUACAAGAUGCAGGACCGAUAUCAUGUUCUAAAUGCCAGCGCCAACGUGGGUUCUCUGACUCAUGAGCUUAUUCGGAAAGAGGAAAUCACUUCUUUUGAAGCAGGUGAUACUUUAUUUGAUACAAUCAUCUGCGUUCGAGUAUUGUGCAGUGUUCCAGACCCGAAAGAGACAGUCUCAGGGCUGUACGGUCUGCUACGUCCUGGUGGUCAGAUGCUGAUUUGCGAGCACGUUUCAAACCCGUGGCGUACCUCGAAAGGAAGUAUCAUCUCCCGAAUAUUUCAAGGGCUGUACAUGUUGCUUGGCUGGGCUUAUUUUAUGGGGGAUUGUCGCCUAGACCAAGAUACAGAACGGAUUCUACUGGGAACGGCGGAUGAAGACAAGGGGUGGGGCAAUAUUGACUUGGAGGUGGAAGAACAGUGGUCUCUUUUUCCAUGCCUGCACGGUUCGUUGACGAAGAAAAGGUAG